AAAUGGAUUUGAGAGAUCCCAGAUCUGGUACCUUGGACCCCAAACCUAGGACUAAGAUCUCAGACUCAGCUUCAUCAGGAUGUCUGUCAAGUGGACCCAGGAGUCCUGAAUUCUGGAUUCUCCCUCCCUCUUCCCCCACUGAGGAGUCUCAUAACAUCUCCAAACAUUGCAUCUCAGAAGGCCCAGGAGCUUACACCCCUGAGACCCAGGGAUCUUGGACCCUGACUCUUUGUCUAAAUACCCAACCCACACUCCAGGUCAUACUUGACAUUGUAAACACUCAUACUACAGCUCCCAAAUUAGUCAGGAGUUGCUAAAACCGGGACCCUUUAUCAAAUGACUUAGACCUUGAGACCAGAGGACCCAGGAUCACCAGAAAACAGUCCCUGAAUUUUCACUGGAGACCUGGUAUACCUACAUCUGGAUGUCCUUCUAGCCCAGGACCCGGAAACACCAAAUCCUCCCGGGUUAGAGACACCAGGAUGGUUUGGAAUCACCAGAUACUGACCUGAAGUCUACUCACUCCUGAGAGUCCACAGAUCUUACCAUGAGUUCAUGUACAAGCGAUUCACAGAUUCCCGUGGGCCCCAAAAUGCACCAAAAGUUCUCAGAUAUCCUCAAACAUGAGGUGUUUUCUGACCAAAAUAACUUGGGAGGCCCUUUUCAGAGCUCAGCAAGGUCCAGAUAUCAGACACCAAGAUGCCCUGGGAGCCAGGGCCCGAACACCUGCCCCUUAAGUCAGCAGUUCUGGAGAGCUUGGGUCUCACGGAUGGUCUCUGAGAUGCCUGUUACCCCUCAGAUGUAUGCCUGAAGGCCACCAGCACUUUGGGUCCAGUGCACUGGUCUCAAGUGCUUAGAUAGCCUUCCAGUUUCCCUGGGGUCUGAAUUCUAAGAACCCAAAUGUUCUGGAAACAUUAGCUUCCUUCUACCUACGUUCCCCAACCAACAGCUGGGUAGGAGCCUGGAUCUCAGGAGAUGUAGUGGCCAUGGUAAUCCAGGCCUCUCAUCCCUUGACUCUCAGCUCUAUAGCAACUCCAAGGUGCUCUAAGAGCACUGGGUCUAAGACUCUGAGAUACCAAUUGACCCCUGUGUGCAGGAUUCAAGCCCCCACAAUCUUGAGAUUGUUUUUGGCCUGAGACCUUGGUCCCUCUGUACCAGAGACGCUAGAAACAAGAUGUCUCAGGGCCUUGCAUCUUCAGACCCCAGAGUUUCUUGAACUCAAAGUACUUCUAGACUGAUGAAGCCCCCAGAUACCUCAUCACCUGAUCCCCCCUGAGUCCUACCAUCCAGAGGUUCCUAAGACUACAAAGUCCCAGCAACAUCCAGAUAUCCUCUAUCCUGGGGAAACACUUGCACCAGUGUGAAUUCAGAUUGCUGGGAUCCUGGACCACCCAGCAGUUCCCCUCUCCCACCUCUAGGGCCUGGCAUUGCUGCAGAGGAUUGUACACACCGAGGAUUGCACCAGCUCUCAGCUGAGCAGAGACAGGCAGCUGCAGGGGUCAAGCAGGGACACUCAAGCGUCCCACAACCUCGGGGAUCCUAACCUCAAGCUGUGAAAUUUACAACCCUGGACAAGCUACCUGAUGGGCGCGCGUGGCGGACUGUCCAGCCAAUCGGAGCGCCGAAGCUCCUUCGCACGAGAAUGUGAUUGGGUAGAGGCUGGGGGGGGGCGGGAGGAGGCACCCUCGGGGCGGAGCCUGCCCCAAGCGGAAGGGGGUACGCGCCCGGGGUCCCCAGGCAAAGCUGCGAUGGAUGGGGCCACGGUGGCCGGCGACCUGCUGACUUUGGGGUACGGUGCCCUCCCGGAGGCGGCGGCGUCUCGGGGCCCCGCGUGUGCGGACUUCAGGGCGCUGUGCGCGCGGCUGGCGGCCGAGCUGACGGCUCUGGGAGCUCUGGAGCGGCGAGAGGAGGGCACCGCAGUGCUGGGCGCUGGCCAUGGCCCCGAGUCAGAGGAAGAAUUCCUGCGGCAGUUGGCCGGCCUUCUCCGGGCGUUGCACUGCCCGGAUCGCGCGCUCUGCGGCGGAGACUGCGCCACCGUGCUGCGGGAGCCCGGCGGCGGCCUGCGCCUGCUGCGGUUUCUUUGCUCCGAGCUCCAGGCUGCCCGCCUUCUGCGUCUGCGGCUCCGGCUAGACCCUAGCCCUGUGCAGUCCUUUGGAGAAGGGACAAAGGAGGGGAAUGGCGCGGUUCAGGAGCUGAUGCUAACUCUUCAAGCGCUGGGGCUCCCUAAACCCGUGCGAGGAACCCUGGCCAGCCAGCUACUUCGGGAGUUUCACAACAAGAUCUCUGAGCAGCUGCCUUCCCUGCCCCCAGAGUCCAUGCAGCCCCUCCUUCGCUCCCCACUGGAUGCAUCACAAUGGGAAGCCCUGGAGUCUCUGUCCCAAAGCCUGACAGAACAGUACUGCUGCCGCCGCUGCCUUCUUCUGAAGCGUCUGGACCUUACAACGUCUGCUUUCCACUGGGGUGACCGUGCAGAGGCCCAAGGAGAGGCCAUGAAGGCAGUGCUAUUCCCAAUCCGAGGACUUCUGACUCCAGAAUCUGAUGUCUCUGUUGCACACGUUCUGGCUGCCCGAGCUGACCUUUCCCAUCUGGUCCCAGCUACCAGUGUGGCUGCCCGCCGAGGGACCAGCUGUGCCAUCAACAAGGUGCUUAUGGGUGAUGUGCCAGACCGUGGGGGGCGCCCAGGUGAGCUGGAGGCGCCCAUGCCGACCUGGAAGAACCGGAGGGAAGAUGGAGGAAGGGGGAAGGCUGGCCAACAGCGCUGGGGGCGCAGGAAGAAGAAGAAGUAAAGGGUCUGGGAGGGUCGGUCGGUCGGUCGGUUGGAGGUUCUGUAGGUGCUGAGGCCGCUGGUAAUCUUUGAGAGUCACUUUUAAGGUUUCCCUUGGCACCUAAGCCCGGCAUCGCCUGUUGUAGAGGCCCUAAACCUCUCUCCACCCACCCGCCACUCAACACUAUGAACCAUGUUGUCUGAAAAAUAAAUUUAAUUCUUUUGA